AUGUUUUGUUAUUUUGUGAAGUAUCUACAGAAUGUCGUUAAAAUGAUGGCGUUGGUUACUCCUUCAGACCGCGGUGGACUACACACGUCCGUGUUCUUUUGGUUGGCGCUGUUGGCCGUGUGCCAAUGUCUGUCCGGGACACCGACCACGGCAUCGACCGCCCGCCAUUGGAGUUUGGCCGAAUUGUCGGUGACGUCUAGUGAGCUGCCAAAACAGAUACCGGCGCCGCCUUACCCGGUACAGCAGAGGAUCCAAUCGACUCCGCACUAUGACCAACAGCUCAAAUUGCCAUCGGGAAACGGUGUAGGUUCGCGGCACCACUACUAUCCGUGGACCCGACCGACGGUGUCGAUUAUUUGA